GUGUUAGCUAGCUAUAUCGCCCGAUAGUAAAUAACCCAAUUCGAAUUGCUAGCUAGGUAUAUCGGGUAGUAUAUUGAGUUAGCUAGCUAGAUCGCCCGAUAGUCGAUAUUUUUUUUCUCCUUGGGCGUGGCCGUCCAAAAUGUGGUUUUCGUUGUUCUGUAUUUGUUUUUAACAGCGGCCAAGUUUAUAUUCAAACUUUAAACAAUAAAGUACUACAUCAACCACAAAACCCAGUUGCUCGUCCAAUACGUGGUUUAAAACGUACAGCAUUGAAAGAAAAGUUUAGAAUUAGUGCUUCUGUAUUCUGUACAACAAAUUUACAGAGAACAAUCAAAAAUCAGAACAGGAUCAGAAAAAUUAGCAUUCAACUAUGAUGCCACCGAAACAUCAAAGCAAACUUUAAGAAAAAUCAAACGCGAAGCUAUUAACGAAAUCACAUUAGACAAGAACAUAGACAAAGCAUUAAUAUUAUUACAAAUUCAAUUUAAUAAUGAAAUCUGUGCUGAUGGGGUAGUUCCAGGUGCAAUUCAAUUCCAUUGCUUAUUACCAUUUCAUACUAUUUGUUUUACUGAAACAAGUAUUCGUCUAUAUGAUCGUCUUGUUCAAUCUAAUCAAUCGGUAUUAUCAUGGGACGCGACUGGAAUUAAGCAAACUAAUGGACGUCGAAUACUGCACUAUGAACUUACCAUGACACAACCAGGCAUUGUUGUUGAAGAUUCCUUGAUACUCAUCAGCUUUAUGUUAUCCGAUAGUCAUUCAUUACCAACGUUAGUCAAUUGGAUGAAUUUAUCGUCAACCGACAUUUGA